AUGAAGCUGUGGAUUCAUUUCUUCUAUUCAGCUCUUCUUGCCUGGUUGUCCUUGCAGUCCCAGUCUCCAGUGUCUUCAGCCAGAGGCUCUUGUGACUCUUUCUGCCAUUGUGAGGAAAAAGAUGGCACAAUGCUAAUAAACUGUGAAGAAAAAGGCAUCAAGAAGAUCUCCCAAAUCAGUGUGCCCCCAUCACGACCAUUCCACCUGAAUUUGUUGAAUAAUGACUUGACAGUGCUCCACACCAAUGACUUUUCUGGGCUUACCAACGCCCUCUCCAUACACCUUGGAUUUAACAAUAUUGCAGAUAUUGAGACUGGUGCAUUCAAUGGCCUUGGCCUUCUUAAGCAGCUUCAUAUCAAUCACAAUUCUUUGGAAAUUCUGAAGGAGGACACCUUCCGUGGACUGGAAAAUCUGGAAUUCCUCCAAGCAGAUAACAAUUUCAUUACAGUGAUUGAACCAAGUGCCUUUAGCAAACUCAACAGACUUAAAGUGUUAAUUUUAAAUGACAAUGCCAUUGAGAGUCUUCCACCAAACAUAUUUCGAUUCGUACCUUUAACUCAUCUAGAUCUUCGUGGAAAUCAGUUGCAAACACUGCCUUAUGUUGGAUUUUUAGAACACAUUGGCCGAAUAUUGGAUCUCCAAUUGGAGGAUAAUAAGUGGGCUUGCAACUGCGACUUACUGCAGCUAAAAAUUUGGUUGGAAAACAUGCCUCCGCAGUCAAUAAUUGGUGAUGUUAUAUGCAACAGCCCUCCGAUUUUAAAAGGAAGCAUACUAAGCCGUAUAAAAAAGGAAUCUAUUUGCUCUACUCCCCCAGUCUACGAAGAGCAUGAGGAGCCUUCAGGGUCACUAAACUUGGCAGUAACAUCUUCAAUAAAAGACAGUCACAUAUCAACCAAGACCCCCUUUCUGUUAAAGUCCCCCACCAGAGCACCAGGUUUGAUACCUUAUGUUUCAAAGCCAUCCACUCAACUCCCAGGAUCCUACUGUCCUGUUCCUUGCAACUGCAAAGUAUUAUCCCCAUCGGGACUUCUAAUACACUGUCAAGAGCACAAUAUUGAAAGCCUAUUGGAUCUAAAGCCUCUUCCACAAAAUCCUAGAAAGCUUAUCCUAGCAGGAAAUAUUAUUCAUACAUUAGUGAAGUCUGAUCUUGUGGACUAUUUCACUUUGGAGAUGCUUCAUUUGGGAAACAACCGUAUUGAGGUGCUUGAAGAAGGUUCCUUUAUGAAUUUAACAAGAUUACAAAAGCUCUAUCUCAAUGGGAAUCAUCUGACAAAAUUAAGUCGAGGCAUGUUUCUUGGACUCCACAGUCUGGAGUAUUUAUAUCUUGAAUACAAUGCUAUUAAAGAAAUACUACCAGGAACCUUUAACCCUAUGAUUAAACUUAAAGUCCUCUAUUUAAAUAACAACCUUCUACAAGUUUUACCACCACAUAUUUUUGCAGGCAUUCCCUUAACAAGAAUUAAUCUUAAAACAAACCAGUUUUCUCACCUACCAGUAAGUAACAUCUUGGAUGACCUUGAUUUAGUAACCCAGAUUGAGCUUGAGAACAACCCAUGGGACUGUUCCUGUGACCUGGUGGGAUUGCAGCAAUGGAUACAAAAAUUAAGCAAAAGUACUGUGACAGAUGACAUCAUCUGCACCUCUCCAGAGCAUCUCAGUAAGAAAGAAUUGAAAGCUCUAAAUAGUGAACUUCUUUGCCCGGGUUUGGUAAAUAACCCAUCCCUGCCAAGCCAGCCUAGUUAUGUAGUCAUUACGACGCCCACAGCCACAACCAGUACAGGCAGUACCAUUCUGAGGUCUCUUACUGAUGCUGUUCCACUCUCCGUUUUGAUAUUAGGACUACUGAUUGUGUUCAUAACAAUUGUGUUCUGUGCUGCUGGCAUUGUGGUUCUUGUUCUCCACCGCAGGAGAAGAUACAAAAAGAAACAGGUGGAGGAGCAAAUGAGAGACAAUAGUCCUGUACAUCUUCAGUAUAGUAUGUAUGGUCAUAAAACGACUCACCACAUGACCGAGAGACCCAGCGCAUCACUCUACGAGCAACAUAUGGUAAGCCCCAUGGUCCAUGUCUACAGAAGUCCAUCCUUUGGUCCAAAGCAUUUGGAAGAGGAAGAAGAAAAGAAUGAUAAAGAGGGAAGUGACACAAAACAGCUCCAAAGAAGUCUUUUGGAACGGGAAAAGCAUUCACCACUCGCAGGAUCUGAUAUGAAAUUCAAAGCCACAGACCAAUCUACUGAGUUUCUGUCUUUCCAGGACGCAAGUUCUUUGUAUCGAAACAUUUUGGAGAAAGAAAGAGAACUUCAGCAACUGGGAAUCACAGAGUAUCUAAGGAAAAACAUCCCUCAGCUCCAGCCCGAUAUGGAGGUGCACUACCCAGGAGCCCAUGAAAAGUUAAAACUAAUGGAGACAUUGAUGUACUCAAGGCCACGAAAGGUAUUAGUGGAACAGACUAAAAAUGAGUAUUUUGAGCUCAAAGCUAACUUGCAUGCUGAACCUGACUAUUUAGAAGUUCUGGAGCAGCAAAGUUAG